AUGUCGCAUGACCCGCAAAGACGAGGUCUCAAAGCCAAUCAAAUUCGAACAGAUCAUUACAGUCUUCGUAAGUCCCAGUGUCCUCAAGUCCCAUUUUGUCUUCUCAUAACCCAGAUUUUUUUCUCGAGGGCUUCAUGCAAGUUCGCCCAAGUAUUCUCGGCAAUUGACAAGACGAGGGUUGAUCAAGUCGUCUCAACAUUCAAAGCACUUCUCAAAAAGGAGUGGACAAAGUCCAAAAAACCCCGUGGGUUUAAAGCAGCGUACUUGAGGGCGCAAGCCCUACCUGAUGAAGAUCCAGAAAGGAUCUUUCUGGAGACCGGAUUUACUGCCUGGCUCGCAUAUUAUCUUGCCAGUCCCCGCGCGAAACACUACAAGGGGCGCAGUGCCAACAUCAGGGCAAUCAAAACAGUUAAGGAACUCACUGUUGAGCUCCAACGAGAGAUUGCUGCAAGGGUCAAUGAUACUACGGCUCAUCCGACCGUUACCAGGACGUUAUUGCCACCACGAAGCCCGACCCUCCCACGCCUGAAUUCAACCACGGAUCUGCAACAAACCCAGACUAUCAUGAACAACGCUCUACCAAGUGCCCCUACGGAUGGGUCACCUACUGAAUCAACGGCCGUCUUGGUGCAGAAUCAAACUCAAGUGCGUCAACAGCAAACCGUCUCAAACCCGUUCAGCAGCGAGCUGAUGUCCACGUUUCCUCCAUACGCCUGUGGCGCAAUCAGAAAACACACGGGUCGCGCCGCUGUCACGAUGGUAUUUCCCUAA